AUGAAACCAGGUGUUCGUGAACAGGGAUUCGACAAUAGUCAGAUCUGCACAGAUCCAGCAAUCAACAUGCCUCAACUAUCAAAAGAUGAAAUUGAGGAGGUCACCGAGGUGUUCGAUCUUUUCGAUUUCUGGGAUGGUCGUGAUGGCGCCGUAGACGCUGCCAAGACCGGCGACAUGUUGUACUGUCUGGGCCUCAACCCUACCAUGACCACCAUCAUGAAGAACGGAGGUGUGGAGAAGUUUGGAGAGAAGAACUACAAACUGGAGGAGUUCCUGCCCAUCUACCAGACCGUCAUGCAGAUCAAGGACACAGGCACCUACGCCGACUUCAUGGAGGCUUUCAAGACAUUCGACAGGGAGGGCCAGGGCUUCAUCUCAUCUGCUGAGCUGAGGCACGUUCUGACAUCUCUGGGAGACAGACUGACCGAUACCCAGAUGGACGACAUCAUCAAGUGCACCGACUUGAGAGAGGAUCUGGAGGGCAACGUCAAGUACGAGGACUUCAUCUCCAAGGUCAUGGCCGGACCCUACCCAGACAAAUAG